AGUUGUGUCAAAAACGUGAGCAGGCGUCGUUUUCAAAGCUCGUAACCCGGGCGUGUUAACGGCCGUUGUCUUGGUGCUGUGUUCCCUACAUGUAAACAACACAGGUGACUACUAACACAUGCUGCUUGUACACUAAACUAAUGAUGCUAUCGGUGUGAACACAGCGUAGCAGCGGCCCGGUCCUCCUGCAGGUUUUAUGCUACCUUCUUGACUUGAAACAAUAUGGACAACCUGGAUUUCACAGAAGAGGAAAUUCAAGAACAACUGGCUGCCCUGGGAUACAAAAACAUACCAAAACACAGGCUGUGUGAAUUCAAGCAAGAUCUUGAUGACCUGGUUCGACUUGGAGAAUGGAAAAGCGUUGCAUCGUCUACUCAGAUAAACACCGCCAAAUCUCAGAUAGACACAUCUCAGCAGGGUCCUCCUGCCUUCAUCAAAGAGAAAGUUGGUCACGGCUGCGGUGAAGGGUUUUUCUUACAUGCCAGAAAAGUGGAGCAUGACAGACAGGUUCUCACCACCCGUCAGAACAGAGACUCGUACGCUCAACACUCGGUGGCUCUGAAUCUCCGGCUGCCUCCAGGUGCUCCCAGCAGGCUGCAGGUGGAGGAGGAGCCGGACCUCGACGAAACCCUCCACCCACCGCUAACAGACAGCUACACAUCCACCCCCGACUCCCACAGGGGACGUUUCAUCAAGAGAAAAGUCCUCAGGAAACAUAAAGGACAAUCACUUGUUUGUGAUGAAUCAAUCUACAGUGAAGAAGACGCAGCCAGCUGUCUGGAGGAACGUCUGGCUGAUCUUCAUUUGUCCUCGUCGGCUCAGCGAGACUUUGAGACGGAGAACGAAGACGUCACCAGUCAGAGUGAAACCCAGAGCUCAGAGACGGACGGGGUCUCUUUCAGUGCCUUUGAAUCCUACAUAAGAGGCAUGACUCGAACUCAAAGUGACGGUGACCUCAGGCCAAAACCAAAAUCCUUCAUCCGACCAGCGAUGAGUCAGCAAACCAUAAAGAAGACGGACCCAGUGGCCAAGUAUUUCCAGUAUAAGCAGCUCUGGGAAAUGUUUAAACUUCCAGGAGAGAAGGACAGGAGAUCUCUCCGCUGGGAGAUAAAGGAACGACUUGCAUACCGACCUCCACCGCCUAAACCUCGGCGUGUUUUCGUGCCGAACACCUACAUCGUGCCAACGGAGAAGAAGCGCUCGGCCCUCCGAUGGGAGAUCAGGAACGAUUUGGCCAACGGGCUCCUUCCGCACAAAUUCGGCUAUGAAUAUUAAUCUUCAUAUGCCUUUUACAUACUAAUGCAUUGGUUGGUUUUUUUAUAAAUGUUUUUAUUUAUUGAUGAUUUUUUUUUUGUAAAAUAAUAAACACAUACAGAA